AUGUGCAUUCUACGUAUGCAAUUUACAAGCAUCCGCGUAAACCGUUUCCAGGAAGCGGUGGCAUACGGCUGGCAAGUGCCACAGCUGAACGCUGUCAAAAUAGACUGGUCGGCGCUCACAGAGUCCGUCCAGAACCACAUCAAAUCCGUCAACUGGGUGACCAGGGUCGACCUCAGGGAUAAGAAGAUCGAGUACAUCAAUGGCCUGGGAGAGUUCAAGGACCCGCACACGAUCAUAGCUACUCUGAAGAAUGGUUCCAAGAAGGAACUGACGGCCAGGAAUAUCGUCAUAGCGGUGGGCGGCCGGCCCCACUACCCUGAUAUCCCGGGGGCGACGGAAUACUGUAUCAGCAGCGACGACAUCUUCAGUCUCAGCCAUCCGCCGGGGAAGACGCUCGUUGUAGGCGCUGGAUAUAUCGGUCUAGAAUGCGCCGGCUUCCUAAACUCUCUAGGCUAUCCGGCGACGGUGCUGGUCCGCUCGGUGCCGUUACGCGGGUUCGACCAACAGAUGGCACGCAUGGUCACCAACGAGAUGGAGGAGCGCGGCGUCAAGUUCCAGCACCGAUGCGUGCCGCAGUCCGUUGAGAAGCUGGAGAGCGGCCAGCUCAAGGCGCGCUGGCUCAACACUGAGACCAACGAUCAAUUCGAAGACGUGUUCGACACAGUGCUGAUUGCAACCGGCCGGUACAUGCUCACUAAGGCGCUGAACUUGGAAGCUGCUGGUGUUAAUUCGCUAUCCGAGAAUGGCAAGAUCGUAGCGCCGACGGAACAAACGAACGUUCCACACAUCUUCGCAGUGGGUGACGUGUUGGAAUCGCGGCCUGAACUCACGCCCGUGGCCAUCCACGCCGGCCGCUUGCUAGCGCGCCGUAUCUUCACCGGAGCGACGCAGCAGAUGGACUAUGACAACGUGGCCACUACUGUCUUCACGCCCCUGGAGUAUGGCUGUGUGGGGCUCAGCGAGGAGGCCGCCACCGAGAGGUUCGGGCAGGACAACGUGGAGGUGUACCACGCGUUCUACAAGCCGACGGAGUUCUUCAUCCCACAGCGCAACAUCAAGAACUGCUACAUCAAGGCCGUGGCGCUGCGCGAGGCGCCGCAGCGGGUAUUAGGCCUCCACUUCGUGGGCCCGGUCGCUGGAGAAGUCAUCCAGGGCUUCGCGGCCGCUGUGAAAUGCGGUCUGACGAUGGAGUUGCUGAUGAACACUGUAGGCAUCCACCCGACUGUGGCUGAAGAGUUCACUCGUCUCAACAUCACCAAGCGCUCGGGCCGCGACCCCAACCCUGCCUCUUGCUGCAGUUAAACACGCACUCACGCACCACACUUGCAUGCUUGCACUCCGGUUCAACGACCUUUAUAUCAGUAACUUUACCAUGAGUUUAUAUUAAAAGA